AUGGGCCAGAGUCAGUCGGGUAUGGGUGGUGGUCACGAUGGUCGCGAUGAAAAAGACAAGAAGAAAGAAAAGCCGAAGUAUGAACCGCCUCCGAGGCCUACUACCCGCGUAGGCCGUAAGAAGAAGAAGCAAGGCGGCGCCAGUGCCGCUUCCAAAUUGCCUCCCGUCUUCCCAACAAGCAGAUGCAAGCUUCGGCUGUUACGCAUGCAGCGCAUUCAUGACCACCUGCUUCUUGAAGAGGAAUAUGUCGAGAACCAGGAGCGCCUGCGGAAAGCUAAAGCAGCUAAGGAUAGUUCAGGCUCAUCUUCAGAACUGGAUACCGUGGACCGGCUGGCAGAUGAGCGCAGCCGUGUGGACGACAUGCGUGGCAGCCCUAUGGGUGUCGGCACUCUCGAAGAAAUGAUUGACGACGACCAUGCCAUUGUCUCCAGCGCUACCGGUCCAGAGUACUACGUUAGCAUCAUGAGCUUUGUGGACAAGGACCUUUUGGAACCGGGUGCAAGCGUUCUUCUUCACCACAAAACUGUCAGCAUUGUCGGCGUUCUCACGGAUGAUACAGAUCCUCUUGUGAGCGUCAUGAAACUGGAGAAAGCUCCUACAGAGUCAUAUGCAGAUAUCGGUGGCCUGGAGCAGCAAAUCCAAGAGGUACGAGAGUCGGUCGAGCUCCCUUUGUUGCAUCCCGAACUUUACGAGGAGAUGGGCAUCAAGCCACCUAAGGGUGUUAUUCUCUACGGUGCUCCUGGUACUGGCAAGACACUCCUUGCCAAAGCUGUAGCAAACCAAACAUCUGCAACCUUCCUACGUAUCGUUGGGAGCGAGCUGAUUCAGAAAUAUCUUGGAGACGGUCCGCGGUUGGUCCGCCAGCUCUUCCAGGUUGCUGCUGAAAAUGCGCCGUCAAUCGUAUUUAUCGACGAGAUUGAUGCUAUUGGUACGAAACGUUAUGACUCGACAUCGGGUGGUGAGCGCGAAGUUCAACGCACUAUGCUCGAGCUUUUGAACCAGCUAGAUGGCUUUGAUGACCGCGGCGACGUGAAGGUUAUCAUGGCAACGAACAAAAUAGAGAGUCUUGAUCCGGCACUCAUCCGGCCUGGACGAAUUGACCGCAAGAUCCUAUUUGAGAACCCGGACCAGAACACAAAGCGCAAAAUCUUUGCUCUCCAUACCAGUAAAAUGUCGCUGGCCGAAGAUGUCGACCUGGAGGAAUUUAUCGCCCAGAAAGAUGACCUUUCAGGAGCAGACAUCAAGGCCAUAUGCACUGAGGCGGGUCUUAUGGCGCUACGCGAGCGCCGCAUGCGUGUACAGAUGAGCGACUUCCGUGCCGCUCGGGAAAGGGUACUUCGUACAAAGCAGGAGGGAGAGCCAGAGGGUCUGUACUUGUAG